AUGAGUGAAAGAACCUUGGAAGUCUUGGUCUAUGGCCUUGGAGCGAUCGGGUCUUUCUAUGCCUUCAUCCUGAGCCGUAGUGAACAUGUUCACCUAACCGUCGUCGCCCGAUCGAAUUUCGAGGCUGUUUCCGCGAACGGUAUCUCGAUUGACAGCCAGAACCAUGGCAAACACCAUGUAAAACCUCACAAGGUGCUAGUUUUUCGAACUGUCGCCGAGGCUGGCCAAAAGUUUGACUUCAUCAUCUGCACGAAUAAAGCAGUUGACCAGCUCAGUACUGCUUCUGACAUUACCCCCGGCGUCGGUGAUAACACCUCAAUUGUCAUUAUCCAGAACGGUGUUGGCAAUGAGGAUGCGUUCCGUGAAAAGUUCCCGAGUGCAACCAUAAUUUCAUGCGUGACGUGGGUUGGUGCCAGGCAGCCAGAACCUGGUUUCAUACAUCAUACGACUUCCGAGGAUAUGCAAGUUGGGUUAUACCCAAACAAAGCGGGCGACGCAUCACAAGACAGCCAACGCCUCGCUCAGUUUGAAUCACUUCUGUCGAUUGGCAAGACCAUCUUCCAAAUAGUUCCCAAUAUCCAGGUUCAACGAUGGGAAAAGGUAGUUUGGAACGCAGCGUGGAAUUCGCUCACUGCUCUUACAUUGAUGGACACGCAUGCAUGGCUAAGCUCUUCUGACCUAUCGACUCCCAUGACGAGAAAGCUAAUGAAGGAAGUCAUUGAUGUUGCUAAUGCGCUUGGUGUGCCUUUGGGGUAUGAACUGAUCGAUAGGCUUCUGGCGAAGAUAUUGGCGAUGCCGCCUAUUGGGAGCAGUAUGAGGACGGAUUAUGAGAAUGGUAAGCCAAUGGAGGUUGAGGUCAUUUUGGGGUAUCCUGUUAGGAAGGGAAGAGAGCUUGGUAUUGAUGUUGCGACCAUUGAGACUCUGUAUACCAUCCUGCUGGCCAUCAACAAGCGGCUUAUAAGCGCGCAGAGCAAGUGA